CUAGAACACUUAUUCGAACUUCUAAACCCAAAAAAUAAAAAAUCAUACAAAAACUUUUUUUUUUCCCCUCUCUCACCACCUUAAUCUCAUCAUCAAUUUCUGAAACCCUAGAUUAUUAUCACUUGUAAUCAUCACAAUUCAAUUGCAGAAAACUCCCAAUUUCUUAAAUUUCAUCAACAAUGGAUAUCGAGCAGAGACAAGCAGAAUUAAUCGAACACUUCGUAAAGCAAGCGUCGGCAAAUAAGGGUUCUUCCCUCGUUCCAAUCAUCGUCGAAGCUACUUCCAACCCUUUGCUCUUCGCAUUCUCCGAAAUUCUUGCUGUUCCCAAUGUCGCCGAGCUCCAAGGAACCGAACACUCUGAGUACCUUAAUCUUCUCCGUUUGUUUGCUCAAGGAACUUGGAGUGAUUAUAAAAGCAGUGCCGUAUCUCUACCUCCGCUGGCUGCUGACCAAAUACUCAAGUUAAAGCAACUCACUGUGCUUACAUUGGCUGAGACAAGCAAGGUAUUACCAUAUGAUCAUUUGAUGGAGGAGCUAGAUGUUACAAAUGUGCGUGAACUGGAAGAUUUUCUUAUCAAUGAGUGCAUGUAUUCGGGCAUUGUUAGGGGAAAGCUGGAUCAAUACCGAAGAUGUUUUGAGGUAGUGUUUGCUGCUGGAAGGGAUCUUAGACCAGGGCAAUUGGGCAGUAUGAUACAGACAUUGACUAACUGGCUGGCAACUUCAGACAACUUACUUUUGACAAUUCAAGAGAAGAUUAAAUGGGCUGAUACCAUGAGCGAGGUGGACGAGAAACAUAAAAAAGAAGUUGAAGAGAGAGUGGAGGAAGUAAAGAAGACCGUUUCCAUGAAGCUACACACUGUAAGCAGGCCGACUUGGACUUCCGAGGGCACGAGGAGAUCUACGCUGAACCUGGCGGAGUGAUGGACUUCGAGGAAGAUAGAAUCCGACCUAAGAGGAGGCGGCAUCCACUACAUUGAACAGUGGGAGAUAGAGUGUUUAUGAGGUGACUGCUGGUUUGGACAGUGGCAAACUGCACAGAUUUCUGCUUUUGGAGAUAAUACACCUUUACUUUUGGACCAUUGUCGCUGAUCUUUGACCUUUUGCAAAGUUGGCAACUAUACAAGCCCCCUGAAUCCAUGUUAAUAAUUUUCAUUAGAGUAGGUGGUCUAUUUUGGUGUUGAAGGGUUGUGUUUUUCAUGGGUGGAUCUUGGGAUUGUAAUAGUUACAAUAUAUUUUCGAGGUUUAGUCAAGAGUCGUAGUUACUAUAAUGUUCUUAAUUGAUCUAUGGCUAUUACGUGAAAAUUUUGGUGCUUUUAUAGCAAGAUGAAGUGAAUUUGGUGCAGUAGAUUUCAUCGUCCAUUGAUAUCUGUCUUCUGGUUUGCCUUUUUUGUCAUUAUGUAUUCAACAUACAUGUUUCGUUUUGUGAAAUCGGGAUUUUUUUUGGUUUGGCUUGCAA